AUGAACUUGUGUUUCAUUUUCUGUUUGAUUUCAACGUCCCUCGUUUUCACUUUCGUCUCUGCCGGAAGUAACGUCACCUACGACAGCCGCUCCCUCAUCAUUGAUGGCCAACGCAAGCUUCUUAUCUCUGCUGCCAUUCAUUAUCCUAGAAGUGUUCCUGCUAUGUGGCCUGGUCUUGUUCAAACAGCCAAACAAGGUGGAGUAGAUGUCAUUGAAACCUAUGUUUUUUGGAACGGUCAUGAGCUUUCUCCAGGAAAUUAUUACUUUGGAGGACGGUUCGAUCUCGUCAAGUUUGCAAAGAUUGUUCAUGAGGCUAGAAUGUACUUGAUUCUCCGAAUCGGUCCAUUUGUUGCUGCCGAAUGGAAUUAUGGUGGAGUACCAGUAUGGCUGCAUUAUAUUCCAGGCACUGUAUUCAGGACUUACAACCAGCCUUUUAUGUAUCAUAUGGAGAAAUUUACAGCAUACAUAGUGAAUCUUAUGAAACAAGAGAAGCUUUUUGCAUCACAAGGCGGUCCCAUAAUCUUAUCCCAGAUAGAAAAUGAAUAUGGUUUCUAUGAAAACUAUUAUAAAGAGGAUGGUAAGAAAUAUGCCUUAUGGGCUGCGAAAAUGGCUGUUUCUCAAAAUACAAGUGUCCCUUGGAUAAUGUGCCAACAGUGGGAUGCUCCAGAUCCUGUGAUCGAUACUUGCAACUCAUUCUACUGUGAUCAGUUUACGCCUACUUCUCCAAACAGGCCCAAAAUUUGGACUGAGAACUGGCCUGGAUGGUUUAAAACAUUCGGGGGCAGAGAUCCUCACAGGCCAGUAGAAGAUGUUGCUUUUUCUGUUGCUCGAUUCUUCCAGAAGGGUGGAAGUGUACAUAAUUACUACAUGUAUCACGGAGGAACAAAUUUUGGCCGUACAGCAGGUGGUCCAUUCAUUACUACAAGUUAUGACUAUGAUGCCCCAAUAGAUGAGUAUGGGUUGCCUAGACUUCCAAAAUGGGGACAUCUUAAGGAACUUCACAAAGCUAUCAAGUUAUGUGAGCAUUUAUUGCUUCAUGGGAAAUCGGUUAAUACCUCCCUUGGUCCUUCUGUGGAGGCUAGUGUAUAUACUGACUCAACUGGAGCAUGCGCUGCCUUCAUUUCUAACUCCGAUGAUAAAAAUGAUAAGACAGUGGAAUUUCGAAACGCAUCUUAUCACCUGCCAGCAUGGUCAGUUAGCAUUCUUCCUGAUUGCAAGAAUGUAGUGUUCAACACAGCAAAGGUUUCUUCCCCGACAAACAAAGUUGCAAUGGUUCCAGAGAAGUUGCAGCAAUCAGAUAAAAGUCAAAAAACUUUUAAAUGGGAUGUGUUGAAGGAGAACCCAGGGAUCUGGGGGGAGGCUGACUUUGUCAAAAAUGGCUUUGUCGACCACAUCAAUACCACCAAAGAUACCACUGAUUACCUGUGGCAUACAACAAGCAUACUUAUUGGCAAAAAUGACGAGUUCCUAAAGAAAGGAAGCGAACCAGUUCUUGUAAUAGAAUCCAAGGGUCAUGCUCUCCAUGCUUUUGUGAAUCAGAAAUAUCAAGGCACUGCAUAUGGAAAUGGUUCACACUCACCAUUCACUUUCAAGAAUCCCAUCUCUCUCAAGGCAGGGAAGAAUGAAAUUGCGUUAUUGAGCUUGACAGUUGGCUUGCAGACAGCUGGACCAUUUUACGAGUUCGUAGGGGCGGGAGUAACAAGUGUAAAGAUUAAUGGACUUAACAACAAGACGAUAGACUUGUCUUCUAAUGCGUGGACUUACAAGAUUGGAGUACAAGGAGAACAUCAAAGGUUACACCUGGUAGAUGGGUUGAAUAAUACGAAAUGGACAUCUACUUCAGAAGCACCAAAAGGCCAGGCACUGACAUGGUACAAGGCUAUUGUGGAUGCCCCACCCGGGGAUGAACCAGUUGGGUUGGAUAUGUUGUAUAUGGGAAAAGGUUUAGCCUGGUUAAACGGAGAAGAAAUCGGAAGAUAUUGGCCUAGGCUAAGUGAAUUCAAGAAGGAAGACUGUGUUGAAGAAUGUGACUACAGAGGCAAAUUCAAUCCAGAUAAAUGUGUCACUGGUUGUGGAGAACCUACCCAAAGAUGGUAUCAUGUUCCACGAUCUUGGUUCAAGCCAUCUGGAAAUGUUCUUGUCUUCUUUGAAGAGAAAGGUGGUGAUCCAACAAAGAUUACAUUCGCGAGAAGGAAAGUAGUGUAG